CAUCCACCUCACUCUGGCAUAUCCGCCUCUCCACAUCAGGCUCUCCCCCUGCAGAAACCUCUGGCGGAUUCCUCUACCACGGGUAGGCAGUUCCUUACAUCUACUGAACUGUCUGCAGUCUCUGGUCAUCUCCUGUACUAUGUCCACAGUCUCUGGUCAUCCCCUGUACUGUGUCCGCAGUCUCUGGUCAUCUCCUGUACUGUGUCCGCAGUCUUUGGUAAUCCCCUGUACUGUGUCCGCAGUCUCUGGUCAUAUCCUGUACUGUGUCCGCAGUCUCUGGUCAUCUCUGUGUACUGUGUCCCGCAGUCUCUGGUCAUCCCCUGUAAUAUGUCCGCAGUCUCUACUGUAGUCAUCUCCUGUAAUAUGUCCGCAGUCUCUGGUCAUCUUCUGUAAUAUGUCCGCAGUCUCUGGUCAUCUCCUGUACUCUGUCCGCAGUCUCUGGUCAUCUCCUGUAGUAUAUCUGCAGUCUCUGGUUAUCUACUGUAGUACAUCUGCAAUCUCUGAAUAUCUCCUGUAGUACAUCUGCUGUCUCUGGUCAUGUACUGUAGUACAUACGCAGUUUCUGGUCAUCUCCUGUAGUAUAUCCGAAGUCUCUGGUCAUCUCCUGUAGUAUAUCUGCAGUCUCUGGUCAUCUACUGCAGUUUUUUUUUAUUUUAUUUUUACAUACUGUCACUAGUUAGUGUCCCUGAUCACCACC